GGCGCUCGAUACUCUUUGUUUCUAUUUAUUUUCCAUGGGAAUGAGGUCAGUGCUUUUCUUUCAAGUCAGGUGAAUACUCGUCUUUUUUUUCUCCAAGAAAUGUAAAAAUUUCUUUUACAGUUUUAAUUUUGUGUAAUCGAUUCGAAUUCUAUUUCCGAAAUUAUUUCAUAUGAUCAUGGAUCUUAAAAAAUAAGUGCUGGUUGACUGUCAUUCUUGAUUUUUCAAUUUUGAAGUUGUUUGUACUAUUGAUACAGAAUGGCAUGGCACUGCAAUGGGAGUUCUAAUCAGGAAAUGAUUAUAAAAUUAAAAGAGGCUGGUAUUCUGGCGACGACAAGUGCUGAAGCUGCAAUGAUAGCAGUUGACAGGGGAAGAUUUUGCCACGAUGCCGAUCCCUAUUUAGAUCGUCCCCGGAGAAUUGGUUACAACGUCACAAUUAGCGCACCGCACAUGCACGCCUAUGCUUUAUCUAUACUUUCCGAUCACCUGAAGGAUGGAGGAGUUGCUCUUGACAUUGGCUCAGGAUCAGGAUAUUUAACGGCUUGCAUGGGAUUUAUGGUGGGACCAAAGGGAAGAGUCGUUGGAGUUGAACAUAUCCCUGAACUUAUCGAAAUUGCGACGAAAAAUAUUCAGGCGGACUGUCCCCAUUUAUUGAGGGAUGGUCGCGUCAAAUUUGUAGUGGCUGAUGGCAGACAAGGAUUUGAGACUGACGGACCUUAUGAUGCAAUUCACGUCGGGGCUGCUGCUGACUCUCUACCACAAAAACUUAUUGAUCAAUUAGCACCGGGUGGUCGACUAAUUUGCCCCGUGGUGGCUGUGGAAGGAUUUCAAAGAUUCCAGGAUCUACUUCAAGUUGACAAAUCAAAAGACGGUGUGAUUUCGAAACAGAAACUGAUGCAAGUUUCCUAUGUACCUCUCACUGAUGCUAGCAGUCAACUUAAGAAACCUGAAAAUUAACGAUUAAUUACACCGCAUAGGAAUAGUUUUUAGUAAAAAUUGUAAAAUACUCUUCGCCUUCUCUGGUACAUUAUUAAAACGAGUUAUAGAUUUAUUUAAAUACAAAGUUAAUAUAUAUUUUGCAAAACUAUUUUAAUCGAAUGUUAAUAAUAAAAGUCUAUUUUAUACUGUU